UGUCCUUUACUCGAAAGACUCUCUAUUAAAAGCUGUACCAAUAUUGAUAACAUCGAUAUUGACAUUUCUUAUCUUAAAUUCUUUCAGUUCUAUGGUUCUUUUAAGUCCAUAUGUUUUAGAAAUGUUGGUCAUCAUCUUUCAACACUUAUAGUUGAUAACAGCACAAAUGAUGUAAAAAAUUUCGUACGCGAGACCUCUGAUCCUAUCAAGCUUUUUGAAUGUAUGCCUGUCGUUGAGCACUUGCGUCUCGGAUAUCAUUUUGUGGAGUACCUUUAUGCUGGAACAAUGCCGACUGAACUUUCAGCUUCUCUUAGCUGUCUUAAAGUUCUUGAACUGCCAAGUAUAUGUUUUCGGUGUAUGAGUGAGAUCUCUGUUGUUCUUUGCUUGAUUGUGAGCUCUCCUAACUUAGAGAAGCUUGAGAUUGUGUUUGUUGCGACUUCGGGUAAAAUAAUACCUCUUGCUCCGAAACUUUUAAAGGUAGCAGACCUGUUAGAAAACGCACUAAAAAAGCUUCGAGUGGUGAAGAUGAAGCUCUCAGACAAAAAAGAAGUAAGACCUGAACUGGAAUUUCUAAAGUUUCUUUUGGCUGAAUCAGUAGUACUUGAAAAGAUGUUAAUACAGCCUGCUGAAGGAACAACUGCAGAGGAAGGAUUUAAGAUUUUGAAAAAGAUAAUUCGAUUUCAACGUUCAUCAAAGAAAGCAGACAUUUUGUACUUAGAUUGUGACGGUGAUGGCGAAUGUUGAUUUUGAUAGUUAGGAUUUCGGAAAAUUAGAUCAUUUUCAGGUGGAAUUAGUCGAAAUUUGUACUUUGAUCACUUCAAGAUUAUUCGUAGCAGUUAAUUGCAGUAAAAACAAGAAUAUCAUCUUGCAUAGCAAAUCAAUUUGUUCAGUCUGAGUUAGUAGUUUGAUCGGAUAAUCUACAGGACAA